AUGGCUAACAUUGAUAAAGAAAACCAAAGCUCUUCCAUCGGCGAAAAGAAACCACCUGUUAUCCUAUGCAUUGGCAUGGCUGGCUCAGGUAAAACAACAUUUAUGCAGAGAAUCAAUGCUUAUUUACAUCAAAAGAAGACACCGCCCUAUGUUUUGAACCUUGAUCCUGCCGUCACAUCCCUUCCUUUCACAGCAAAUAUUGACAUUCGAGAUACAGUUAACUAUAAAGAGGUUAUGAAACAGUAUAAUCUAGGACCGAACGGUGGCAUUUUGACAAGUUUGAACUUGUUCACCACCAAAUUUGAUCAAGUACUAAACCUAGUUGCUAAACGAUCCAAUGCAGUGAGCAAUGUUUUAGUUGAUACACCUGGACAAAUUGAAAUUUUCACAUGGUCAGCUUCGGGUGCUAUUAUUACUGAUACACUCGCCGCUUCUUACCCUACUAUGAUAGCUUAUAUUAUCGACACACCACGUACGACUGCACCUGCCACUUUUAUGAGUAAUAUGCUAUACGCUUGUAGUAUACUUUAUAAAACCAAACUACCCUUCAUUGUUGUUUUCAACAAAACCGAUGUGGUAUCACAUGAAUUUGCUGUAGAUUGGAUGACUGAUUUCGAGAAAUUCCAACUUGCCCUUAACACCCAACAGCAACAGGAAGAUUCUAAUUAUAUGAAUAGUCUCAUGUCAUCUAUGAGUCUGGUUCUAGACGAAUUUUACAACCAUUUGAAGGUUGUAGGUGUCUCUGCAGUGACAGGUGCAGGCAUUGAUGAAUUUUUUGAAGCUGUGAAAGAGGCUACGGAGGAAUAUGAAACUGACUAUAAGCCUGAAAUUGAAAGAAUGAUCAGGGAAAAAAUGGCCAAAGAAGAGAAAAAUCGUGAAAAACAAUUGAACAAGUUAAUGAAAGAUAUGAAGAUGUCAGAAAACAAAGAAGGCGAUGACGACAAAUGGGAAGAAGCUGAAGAAGACGAACUUGCGGCGGAAGACAACGAUGACUAUGAUGGGUACGAUAGUGAUGCUAAUCCUUUACCGAGUGCCUCAAAGUAUCCACCCUCUAAAGCCCAACGAGAAGAGGAUGAAAAAUUCAAAAAAUGGUUAUCCCGUGCAAAAGAAAGUACUUUGUAA